AUGAGCUCGCUACGCAACAAUAGGAUCAUCAUCGCCUCCCUCUUUCUCCCGAACACCGCUGUCCUAGGCGACUCCGCCCCCUCAUCGCCGGCCCCCGAACCCAUCGUCCAGCCGUCCUUCCUCCAGCCAGGCCCUACGACAGGCGGCCGACCAGGGCUCCCGAGCAAGGCGGGUCCGUUGCGGAGCAUCGUAGAGGAUCUCAAGGACAAGUCCCGGGCAGUGACUCCUGCGGUGACGCCUCGUAACGAAUCAAGCAACCCAUUCACGACAUUCACCGGACUCACUCAGCCAUCCAGUCCUGCGCCGAACGGCUCUUCCGCCUCCCUUGUCGACUCGCUAGCUGCGAAAGCAGCCAGUGCCGCCAACAGCGUCGUAAGCGGAGCAGCGAACGCAUUAGGUGCCAACGGCUCGACCAACGGGGCCUCCAAGCGGCACCAAACCACCCACACGAACAGCGCCGCGAGCCAGACGCGCGUGCAACGGCGUACAUCCCGCGGCUCGUCGACGCGCACCGCUAGCCGCUCGCUCUCAGGUACACGGCACGAGACGAACGGCGGGAGCCGCAACAUCCGGUGGCACGUCGAGAACAACCCGCACUGCAACGGCGGACUGAAGAACGCGGUGGACAGCGUCGGUGCGCGGCUGAAGCGCAAGCUGUGGGUGGGCACGCUCGGCGUGAACACGGACGGAUUCCGGGAGAGCCUGAAGCGCAACAUGGAGUGGCGGAUGCGGGACGAGUGCGGCAGCGUGCCGGUGUGGAUCCCGGACGCGGAGUUUGCGGGCUGCUACGACGAGUACUGCCACCAGGUGCUGUGGCCGUGCCUGCACUACGCGAUUCCGGACGCGCCGAAGACGAAGAGCUUCUACGAGAGCGAGAGCUACAAGCACUACGAGUCUGUCAACCGCCGGUUCGCGGAGGCGAUCGCGAAUGUGUAUCAGGACGGGGACAUCAUCUGGGUGAACGACUACCACCUGAUGCUGCUCCCCGCGAUGCUCCGCCAGAGGCUGCCGAACGCGCCGAUCGGGUUCUUCAUGCAUGUCGCGUUCCCGAGCUCGGAGAUCUUCCGCUGCUUGAGCGUGCGCGAGGACCUGCUGUACGGCCUGCUCGGCGCGGACCUCGUUGGCUUCCAGACGGCGAACUACGCGCGUCACUUCCGCCAGACGGUGAGCCGCAUCCUGACAGUGGAGGCGUUGCCGAAGGGAAUCCAGACGGAGGAGCGCUUCGUGGACGUUGGUGUGUUCCCGAUGGGGAUCGAUGCUGGGCACCUCAAGCUGGAAAAGCGUAACCCCGAGGUCGCGGAGUGGGUCAGCUCGCUGCGGCAGCGAUAUGCUGGCAUGAAGAUCAUUGUCGGCCGCGAUAAGCUCGACAACAUCCAGGGUGUCCGGCAGAAGAUCCAAGCCUUCGAAACCUUCCUGGACAAGUACCCCGAGUACCAAGGCAAGGUCGUCCUCAUCCAGGUCGCGCUGCAGACGACGGAGGAGAACGAGAUGCAGGGCGGCGUCGCGGACGUCGUGUCGCAUCUCAAUUCGCGCUUCUCGACGCUGACGUACCAGCCCGUCGUCUUCCUGCACACGCAGGACCUGACGUUCAGCCAGUACUUGGCACUGCUGACGGUUGCGGACGCGUUCGUGGUGACGAGUUUGAGGGAGGGGAUGGCGCUGAGGACGCAUGAGUUUGUGGAGUGUCAGGAGGAGAGGCAUCGGCCGUUGAUCCUCAGUGAGUUCACUGGGUCUUACAGCUACAGUGGUUUCCGGUCGUGUAUCCCUAUCAACCCUUGGGACAAGCGGAUGACAGCGAAGGCUAUUCACCAGGCGCUCACCAUGAGCGACGAGGAAGCCACCUCCCGCUGGGAAGACUUGCACGGCCACGUCGUGACGCAAUCCGCCCAAGCCUUCGUCACCUCGUUCCUCGUGCGCUGCCUCCGUGCGAACAUCGAGCAUAUGCACAUGCAGGGCGACACCGCGGAGGUCGCCUCGCUCGACGUCGCGCUCCUCCUCCCGCGGUACCGCCAUAGCGACAAGCGGCUGUUGCUCAUCGACCUUGAGGGCGCGAUGUGGAUUCGCGACAUGCGCAAGCUCAGCAGGGCGGAGUUCAACCCGCCAAAGGAGGCGAUCGACGUGCUCAAUAGGCUCGCGGAUGACCCGAGGAACGAGGUGUGGCUGUUGAGCGGCUUGCCGGUGAAGGGCAUGCUGGACGUCGUCGCGGAGAUGGCGCCCAAAGUCGGGAUUGUUGCUGAGAACGGCUGCUACAUCAAGACGCGUCCUACACGCGGUGGCGAGUCGACCUGGACCAACAUGGUUGCGAACUUCAACUUGACGUGGAAGGCACCGUGCCUAGAAAUCCUCAACUACUUCACGGAGCGCACGCCAGGGUCCUUUGUCGAGGAGCGAGAGGCGUCCGUCGUCUGGCGCUACUGGGUCGACCCCGACGAGCCGCAGACUGACCGCCAGUGGGCCCGGCGCCAAGCCGGCGAGGCGCAGAACCACAUCUUCGACAGUCUCGGCGAGCGGUACGGCCUGCGCAUCAUCCCCGGCGCCAACUCCUUCCUUGUCCUCCCCAACAACAUCUCGCGCUCGACGGCCGUCGGCGCGAUCCUCUCCCCUGGCGGCCCUGCGCACUCCGCGCUGGCAAGUCGCGCGGCGUGGCUCGCGCCCGAGGCGACGGAGCCGGAGAACGUGACCGAGUUUGGGUUCGUGUUGGCGGUGGGCAAGGACCAGAAGCUGAUGCGCCGCUUGAACGAGCUCGAGAACGCGGAGACUGUGAGCACGGGCAGCAAGGGCACAGAUGCGAAGUGGAAGCUGGAGCCGGAGCAGGUGCUCAGCGUUCUCGGACGGUUUGCCGAUGCGAAGUAG